CCAAGUAUUCGUCAUACUGUGAUUCUGCCAGUGUUUCUGUAUAUUUCUCAAAAAGGAAAGAAAAUAUAAUGGAGACCGUUCGAUCAUGCGGUUGCAAAGGAAUACGUUCUUGUUUGGUUUGUGAGACCGAAUACGAAAUUUCGAAACCGGAUCUGAAAAACGAGUUACAGAAAAGCAAAAGUUACAUUUAUUGUCCAUAUUGUAAUAAAUUAUUAUCUGGAUGGGAUAUAGACGAAUACAAGAAACAUCCUAAUCAUGAUGUAAACUUGAUUAAUUAUCCUGGUGUUUAUAUCAAGCUAGAUUUCUUAAAGGAAGAUGAGGCUAAAGAGCUCAUGAAAGCGCUUGAUGAUCUUCCUUGGCAACUUUCACAAAGCGGUAGAAGAAAACAGAAUUUUGGACCAAAAUGUAAUUUCAAAAAGCGAAAAUUACAAUUAGGAUCGUUUAAUGGUUUUCCCAAAACAACGCAAUUUAUACAAAAGAAAUUUGAGGAAAUACCAAUGUUACAUGGUUUUAAAACUGUCGAACAGUGUACGCUUGAAUAUAAUCCCGAACGAGGUGCCUCUAUAGAUCUCCAUAUGGAUGAUUGCUGGAUUUGGGGAGAACGCAUAAUAACUGUGAACGUUCUCGGUGAUUCUGUUUUAACUAUGACUCCUUAUCGUGGUCCAAUAACGCGAUACAAUUUAGACUACGUUUCAAGUUAUGAUUCCAUCUUAGAGAAAGACAUGUACGAUAAUACACAUUCUUUGGGUGAUGAUAACAUAGUAGUACGAUUACCGAUGCCUGCUAGAUCACUCAUGGUUUUAUAUGGUCCAGCAAGAUACAAAUGGGAGCAUGCUGUGCUUCGACAAGACAUCACAUCGAGACGUGUCUGCCUCGCAUACCGUGAACUGACGCCUCCGUAUCUCAAAAAUGGACAACAUGAAAAGGAAACUUCUGAAAUUUUGAGGCAAGCUUCACUCUUCUGGUGAUAUUAAUAAACAAAUUUAAAUUAUUGCAUGUGUUUUUAUAAAAAAAAUUGAUGUAUCAUUUAACAUAUUAAGUGUAAAUUUUAAUAAAGUCAUUUUAUUCUUAGCAUACAGUGCAUUAAGAAU